ACAGGCAUUUCUCAAUCUGGCUCUGCGUGGUGCUGUAUAGGUGGUGCGGAUCUAAAGCAAACUCAGUUCUUCGAAUUUGAGUGUAGCCUACAUUAGUACAUUAUUGACGGGUUUGGAAAAGACUACCACGUUUAAGUGCAGCGUUUUUUAGCUGCCCCAAGCAGUUUGUUUGUUUUUUUAUUUUUUUGUUUUGAGUCUUUAGCGCUAUUGAGAGAUCAAGGCCUUUUUUGUAAUAAUAAAAAACCUCGCCCUCGUUUCACACAUACCUCCUCAGAAGAGUGUGGACAUUUUCAGUAAUUGUUUUAUUUACUCUAGCGAGCUUCAACGGUCACCUCGUGUCACUAAAAAGGGGGAAAAAAGAGGACAGCGGCUUCGUGAGACAGAACUGCCCUCCUCCCCUCAGGGGUACUGGAGAACAUGGCUCAGCACGGUCAGCACCAGGUCGCCAGCAUGAAGGCCCUCAUGUUGGAGAUGAAGAGCCUCCAGGAGGAACCGGUCGAAGGGUUCCGGAUCACGUUAGUAGAUGAAGCGGACCUCUAUAACUGGGAGGUAGCCAUUUUCGGACCCCCCAACACCCUGUACGAGGGAGGCUAUUUUAAGGCUCGGCUGAAAUUUCCAAUGGACUACCCCUACUCUCCCCCAUCUUUCCGCUUCCUGACCAAAAUGUGGCAUCCUAAUAUCUAUGAGAAUGGAGACGUUUGCAUUUCCAUCUUGCAUCCUCCUGUUGAUGAUCCCCAGAGUGGAGAGUUGCCAUCAGAAAGAUGGAAUCCAACGCAGAAUGUAAGAACAAUUCUCCUCAGUGUCAUCUCUCUUCUCAAUGAACCUAACACAUUCUCCCCAGCUAAUGUAGACUCGUCAGUUAUGUACAGAAAAUGGAGAGACAGCAAAGGGAAGGACAGAGAAUACGCAGAAAUUAUCAGGAAGCAGGUUCUGGCCACAAAAGCAGAAGCGGAUCGUGAUGGUGUGAAAGUGCCCACUACCCUGGCAGAGUACUGUGUUCAAACCAAGGCCCCUGCGGUGGAUGAGGGCUCAGACCUUUUCUAUGACGACUAUUAUGAUGAUGACAUGGAGGAGGGUGAGGAGGACUGCUGUUAUGAUGAAGAUGACUCCGGGACAGAGGAGUCAUGACGAUAGGGAGGGGGAACUCGUGUGUGCAAUCAGUAAAUAAUGAAAAAGAAAAUUGGAAAAGGAAAAAAAAAAAAAGCAAAAAAAAAAAAACACAAAAAAACACCCUCUGCCUCACCUGGAUCACUGCAGAUAUUUUCCCCCCAUCCCUCUCCCCCAUAACCCCUCUAGGAACUGUACAGUUUUAUGGACACAAGAACAUUGGAUAAGUUUUGCCUUUUUCGGAUAUGAAAAUCUGCUCCUUUCCCCACCAAAAAGAAGAAAAA